AUAAACGCACAGAAUUAUCUAUGAAAGUGUGUUAGUUAGAUAUUGGUAAAAUCCUUUCUGAUAAGCCAUGUGUUUCAAUGCUUUUUAUGAAACUACACUAGUGUGUGCGUAACUGGGCGAGGUGUCUGUCAGGUAUACAUGUUUUGUUCGCUCUGUAAGAGACAUUACAUACGAUUUGAUGACAAAACUGUAUUUAGGAUUCAUGUGGAAGUUUCUGCAGUGAUUCUAGUGUCAUUCUUUUGGGUAGUAAAAUACAAAAACAUGGACUUAAUAUGUAAAAAGUAGUGGACGUUAGUGGAGACUAAGGAUGAUUGGACAUCGAAGAGAAGGUUUACACAAUUUAAUAUUACAGGGAUAGGAAUCUUCAAGUGCAUGCCAAAUGCGUCAAUGGGCACUGUGAGCGGCAGCUGGCGGUGGUCGAGGGUGAUCCGGUUCCUCUUGCUACUGGUGUUAGCUCUGGUUGCAGUUGAGUACCUCUUCGGAUCAAUACUGGACGUCUCUGUGUUGAGAUCCAUCCUCCACCCGCAUAACGACUCGCAAACCUCGUUCUAUCCCAUGAAAUUUGAUUGGACAAAACAAAUGACAAAGACAACUGAAGAUAGACAACCGAAUAAAGAAGUUGAACACACCACAUCUAAACAAACCACAGAUUCAAAAGACCUUGAGACGAUUGAAAACGAUCAAAAAGAGACCACUUUGUAUAUGGCAACAAAGACUGAAGAAGUAAUAAUAAAUAAAACGACAGAGAAACUUAAUUUGAAUACUACAGAACCACCACUACCACUUUGUGAAGAGAUUCCUCCUGAUCUUGGUCCAAUACCGGCAAAUAAAACUGAAAUAGAAUUAGACUACGUUGAAACUAAGUACCCGGAGGUAGAUCCUGGUGGACAGUAUGCACCACCGAACUGCACUGCAAGGCAUAGAGUCGCUAUUAUUGUACCGUAUAGAGAUCGGGAACAACAUUUAGCAGUAUUUUUGAAUCAUAUGCAUCCGUUCCUAAUGAAACAACAAAUGGAGUAUGGAAUAUUUAUCGUAGAACAAUAUGGUGAUAAAGCAUUCAAUCGAGCAAAGUUGAUGAACGUAGGUUUCGCGGAGAGUCAGAAACAAAAGGCGGGCGGGUGGCAAUGCUUCAUAUUCCAUGACAUAGACCUCCUGCCGCUGGAUCAGAGGAACUUGUACUCAUGUCCAGAACAACCACGACAUAUGUCUGCAUUGAUAGAUAAAUUUUCCUUCAAGUUACCUUAUAAAGAUAUCUUUGGCGGAGUAUCGGCCAUGACAGUUGAACAAUUCACCAAAGUAAAUGGAUUCUCUAAUAAAUAUUGGGGCUGGGGUGGAGAAGACGAUGACAUGUUCCGAAGAUUAAAUAAGAUGAAUUAUCAUUUAACGAGAUACGAAGACUUGUCAAUCGCUAAAUACGCAAUGUUGGAUCACAAGCCUUCAGUAGCAAAUCCUAAGAGGUAUCAAUUGUUAACACAGACUAGUAAAACAUUAGAGAGCGAUGGGCUCUCGACCCUCGAAUAUAAGCUGGUGGAGGUUACCCAGCACCAUCUGUACACGCUCGUCGUCGCCAAUAUAGACGAGCCCAGCUGAUGGCAGUAUUUCGCCAA